GUGGAAUGGCUGUGGAUUAUAAUUACUUUUGUCGUAAUUAUUGUUCUGUUCACAUAACUGUUGAAGCGUUUCGCAAUCGAACCGCAGGCCAGUAGAAUUCAGCAAAAUGCGCUUGAUACUUAUACUAGGAUGCCUUGUGCUAGUGAUGGUCAUAGCACCAUCUGAAGGCUACAAAUGGCCAUGGGCGACAGGAACGGCCGAGGCAAAGUCAGAAUCAGAGGAAGAGGUUCAAACAGGUCUCGUGACAGUGAAGAAACCUCAAGGUAAACCAAAGACCGAUCAAAGUAAGGAUAAGUCAGAAGGUAAACCUGCGGAUCCGAAUCCCGCAAAACCUCAAGAUAAAGUGAAGCCAGAUUCAAAUGAUAAGGAAAAUAAGAAGUCAGAAUAUAAACACGCAGUUCCGGAAGAAACCAAGCCCGCAGAUCCGAAUCCCGCAAAACCUCAAGAUAAAGUGAAGCCAGAUUCAAUUGAUAAGGAAAAUAAGAAGUCAGAAUAUAAACACGCAGUUCCGAAAGAAACCAAGCCCGCAGAUCCGAAGUCAGAAACUAAGCCCGCAGAUCCCAAGCCGGCAACGCCUCCGACGAAAGAUGUUGACUCUAAAAUCUCGAAAGACACCGAAAAAAUAGCAACUGCAUCGGCGUUAGCUUUGGCAGCAAUGGCGGCUGCAGAGAAGAACUCGUAUGGAGGACUCUACCAAGGCAAGAAACCUGAAUCUGUGGCGAAACUUCAAACAAGUCUUGUAAAACAGCAACCAUCUCAAGACAAGCCGAAAACUGAUUCCAACGAUAAAAAGCCAGAACCUAAGCCUACAGAUACAAAUAUGAUAACUCCGGUGGUAAAGGUCGACCCUAAAGUCCCUACAGACCCUAAAACAGUAGCAGUCGCGUCAGCGGCAACCCUAGCAGCGGCGGCUACACAGAAGAAACCAUCCAGAGGAUUCUUCUGGAGCAAGAAACCCAAGGAUUCAUCAGAGUCCGAUGAGGAGAUUCCAACAGGCCUUGUCAAACAAAAACCAAAGACUGCUUCAAAUGGUAAACCCACAGAACAGCUGACAACCCCUCCAGCUAUAAAAGUAGACCCUAAAAUCUUGAAAGACCCGAAAGCCUUGGCCGCUGUAGCAGCAGGAACCACAGCAGUGGCCGCUGCACAGAAGAAGAUAGACGAAAACAACAAGAAAAUGAGUCAAAUGAAAAAGAAAAUUAAGCUUGAAGACGAACUGAAUAUCAAAGACCGAGACGCGUCUCUUUCCGACCUCAAUUUGGAUGUUAUAAGGAAAUCGAGGCCUAAAAUCAGGUGGACUCUGGCCGCAUAUGCUUUUGUCAACUUGAUAUUGUUCGUGGCUCAGUAUGCGGGAAGUAUAAUAACACCACCGAUUGGCCGAGUCAUUUACGGGCUGGAUUUUGCGAUGAAGAAACUCGCAAGAGCACCUGUGAACAACAUCUACGCCAAGUACGUAACAGAAAAUGCUGACUACGGCCUUAGAUACCUGGAGAAGCACGAAGACGUUAGGGGCAGUCUUAAAGUCGGGAAGGUUCUUCGCAUAACAUCUCACGACGGGCACAUGACCCCGGUCAAAAUACUGCGAAUGAGCAAAGAAGAUCAGAUUGACCCGAAACUAUUGAACUUUGUUGACAAAUCUGUGUGGGAGCAACUUCAAGAAGUGUAUGGUAAAAUAUAAAAACCUCAUGAAGUAAACGAGUGAUUGAAAA